GAGGCUGUUUCAGGCGUUACCUUUCCUGCCGACGGAGAUGGAGACUGUGGUCUUCCAAACAACUGGAGAACUCAAGCAGAAUGGAGCAAGAGACUGUUCACUCCCCGAACCUCCAACAUGUCUGGUCACUCUUGCGAAUGCUACCAGAGUUUGUUCAGGAGUCAACAGUAACGAGACUCUCCUAUCCGCUGCACUCGUGAGCGCCCCCUGUAGUGUGGACCUGCAGCAGUACGUUUGCUCUUCGCUCACCGGCAUCACUGCUGGAAACCUGGCUGAACUCCUGAAAUGUCAACUUUCAAGCAGCAGAAGUUACUCCAAGGAGAUCUGGAAACUAUUUUUCACCAAAGCAAAUGAUGUUCUGGACGGAGCCCUCGUCAUAUUCUCCAGCGCAGCAGCAAAUAUGUCUCAGCCAAUCAGAGGUGAUGUCGUGUCCCAAGUGCUGGAUGUGGUUGGAGAGCUGAGACUGGAGCGCAUCAGUCCUGACCAAUGGACAGACCUCUCUUUCAUCAGCAUGUUGUUGGGUCAAUAUCUGAAGCCGUUUUUACCAUUUGCGUCACCAUCCCUACUGCUGUGCACCAGCAGCAAAAACCUCAGCUGCCAAACUUACCAGCACAUUCUGUCAGAGGUCCCACUCGUCAAUGAGAUUCAAGGAAGAGACAUGGCGAACUUCUUCAUUCUGCCCUUCCUGAGAAGAAACGCAACAGAUGCGGGCUGUGUGGCGACUGCUAACAACAGUGUUGAGUGGCUGCAGAAGAACUUUGGCCCGUUCUCUCAGUUCGUGUCUCUCACAGAUCUGAUCUCCAUCAACAGACUCUUUGAUCCCCUCGAGACCCUGUCUAAUCUCACUCCAGAGCAGAUGGUUGGACUGAUUGUUAAUACUCAGCCUGGUGUGCCACAGAAUUUCAUCAUUAAUACUGUUUUUGAUCAUCUGCUCGUGUCUCCUGUGCAACGAGGAUUUCCAGAUGUUCUUGAGCUCCUUUAUAUUUUCUCCACAAGGAAUCCACUCAGCUGUCAAACCAACCAGAUAAUCUUCACGAGGCUGGAGCAGAUCUUGAGCUCAGGAGCGGGUGAUCUGGAGCCUGUCAUCUGGAAGAGCCUUUAUAACUUCAGCAGCACGGCUCCUGCAGACUGCACUCUUCUUCCAGUCGUGAAUGAGUGUCCCGUGACUCCAUUCAACGAGACUCGGGUGUGCAGCGGAGUGGACAGUUCUGCAGCACAGCAGUGCUUGAACGAAGGACGGAUUUGUGGCUUCAGUAUUGCAGCACAUGCAUGUGCCCCGGUGCUGGAUGUGAACAUGGACUAUCUGGUCACACUACUGAACGCUCAUCUGUCUGUGGAUGACAUGAGCUCAGCUGAGAGCUGGAAACUCUUCCUGACCAGAGUCUCAAACCUGCUGGACGUCGCCCUCCUCCAGCUCUCCAACCAGUCGGUGUGGUGGAGCAGCAGCUCUGCCUCUGUGGCUCUGGACGUCCUGCGGGAGCUGCGUCUGGACCGACUGACAGAUGAGAGCGCUGUAGUGCUGUGGCUCGAUGAACACCUGCGAGCGUUCCUGCCCAGUGCGUCUGGGACGUUCCUGCAGUGUCUGCGCAGCCAGAACCUCAGCUGCCAGAGCUUCCAGACAGUGGUUGGGGCGUUCGAUGCAGGAUUUUCCCAUAUGAAUGACGUUCAGCGCCAAACAGUCGUGUCACACUUCAUCGUCCCAUUCCUCUCGAGAGCAGGUGCGGCGUGUGUCUCCAUCAACAGCUCUCAGUGGCUCAUCAGUAACUUCGGCCAGUUCUCUGCCCUUGUUCCUCUGAAUCAGCUGAUCUCACUCAACCCACAGUUCAACCCGAUGAGCAGCCUGCUCUAUCUGUCUCCAGAGCAGCUGGUAGGGCUGAUGUUUGACGACGUUCCUGGUCUUCCAGAGAAAAGUGUGGUCAUCAAUGCCGUGUUCGAUCACCUGACGGCGUCUCCACAGAGAGAGAGGAUCGUCUCCACACUUCCCAUCAUGGUGGAGUCAUCAAAGACAAGGAACGUCUCCUGCGCAUCAUAUCAGAUCAUCUUCCACCGUCUGGAUCAUCUGAUGGUCAGCGUGCCGGUGGAUCUGGAGUCUGUGAUUCUGAGGAGUAGAUCAGCUCUUCUUCAGAACGUGCCGCAGGGUUGUGUGAGCUCCAGCAGACAGUGUGGUGCCACACCAGUGAACGAAACAACAGUGUGUGGGAGCACCAACAGCUCUGUUGUGUCGGCGUAUCUCGGCUCGUCUCAUGAUGGCAGUCGUCUCUGUGAAUUCAGCAUCACACAGUACGCUUGUGCACAGCUGACAGCUCUGAGCUCACAGGACCUGGCGACGGUGUUGUCAUGCGGUCUCAACAGGAAUGAGAGUGUGUCUGAGGAGACGUGGAAGCUCUUCAUGCAGAAGGUCAACCCUGUGCUGGGUCCAGCGCUCGACCUGCUCACACACACGAGGCUGAAUAAGUCCCGCCCUGUAGUCUCAUUCUUGAAUGUGAUUGGAGAAGUCACUCUGAGCUCCUUCAGCUCCACCAAUCUGAGAGAUGAUUUGUUCGUCCAGCGCUGGUUUGACUCCAGGCUCCGCCCAUUUUUACCCUACGCCUCUGAGACGUUCCUGUCCUGUCUGUCCACCAGAGACUUCAGCUGCGACACAUACAGGAGCGUUGUCAGGAGCUUCAGUCAGAGUUUUGACGUCAUGUCCACUGAUACACAAGCUAACUUCUACGUUGACUUCAUCAAAGUCUUCCUCUCUCAGAACAGCACUGCAGGGUGUGUGAACGUCUCUCAGAGCAGCUCUGAUUGGCUGAUCAGCAGCUUCGGACGUUUUUCUGUUUUCACCACUGUCACUGACCUGCAGACACUCAACCCCAGCUUCAAUGUGUUGGACACUCUGAGUCUGUUGAGCCUGAGGCAGUUAGUGGAGGUGUCCAUCUCUCCUGGAUUCCUGUCCAGCGCUGCUGCGGUCGAUAAUCUGCUGCUCUACGUGCCGGACGCUCAGAUCACUGCGUUCUUCUCAUCCCUCUCUGCUACGCUACAGACGCAGGGCGUGGUUCUCCCGUCCCCCGUGCAGGAGGCGUUUCUGCAGCAGGUGUUUGACAGGGCCAAUCUGACCACCUUACAAGAUGCUGAUCUGCAGAUCUGGAUCCUGAACAUACUGCCAUCCUUCACAGCCAACAUCACCGUCCAACACGUGACAUCCUACUUCAACAUCGUCCAGCAGAGACCCUGUCCCAUCAGCCAGCAGGCGGUGCAGCUGUUGAACUCGUCCAGCUCCACCUUCCAGCCGGAGACACAGGAUCAGAUCUACCAGCUGAUCCUCGGCUCUCUAACAGGCCCCACCCCACUGCGCUGCUAUGGUAACCAGAGCUACUACGCUUUCCUGACCUCCUCCUUCAUGAGUUUCCAGUUCCCCGAUCUGACCACCUUCCUGUCGCUGAUGCCGCCGGGCCGUGUACCAGAGCUGAUGGAGUCAGUGUCUCCAGCGGAGGUCAGCAGUCUUCUCAACCGGCCGAAUGCUGUGGACGAUGUGACCCAAAUCUGCCAGCUUUUCAGAAAUUACCCAAAGACACCCCAGUACUUACAGACGGAGCCGCUGUUGCCCGUGGGUUUGGCCCGGCAGGUGUUGUCCUGCGUCUGGCCUCAGGUUCUGAAGCUGGACGUCCAGUCUGAGGUCAAUCAGUGGUUUGAUCAUCGACUGGUUCAAUACCUGCCUCUCCUCACCUCACAGUUCAUCGCUCCAGACGUCAUGCUAAACACCUCCUGUCUCUCCUUCAAGAAGUUCGUUUCAGUGAUGGCUCAAUACAACUACACUUCAGCUGAGUUUUCUCAGAGUGACAUCUACAACACCAUCCAGAUCUACCUCAACACCUCUUUAGAUUCAACUCCUAAAUGCUAUAACACUUCCAACCCGGAUCUCAACUCCACCGCCUGGUUUGCAGACUACAUCUCUGUCUUCUUGAGCUUCGUCACACUGGAUGACCUCCUCCAGUUUGGCUCCAUUCAGCCGUUCCUCGUGAACCUGGAGAACCUGCAGCUCUUUGGUGAGACCAGCGUUCCUGAUGAAGUCUUGGAAUACUAUGUGUCUCUGCUGUUCGAGAUGAAUCCGUCCUUCAGUGCCUACUAUCUUCCUCUGAAGUUCCUCUGCUUGGCUCCUGCGAGCUCCUUCCUUCAGCUGAGUCUGGAGCAGAUGAAGAACAUCUCAUCCAGUGUCCAUCAGAACUGCAUCGACAUCCUUCCUGAAGUGUCUGCGGCUCUGGCCAGUAACGCGCCGGUUCUGACGCUGGAUACCAUCACGGCUCUGGGUCAGUCGUCCACAGGUUUGAGCACGGCUCAGAUCAGCGGCACUGGAGGGAAUGUGCUGCUCAAUGCACUCUCCGUGCUCAGACUAGUUCAGGGCUGGAACCUCGAUCAGGCCAUGAUGAUCAUCCAAACCCUGCUGUCGUCUGGAGUUUACCAGAUAAACAGUGCAGCCAGCCUGCAGAACUUGGGUUCACUGAUCAUCGGUGUUCAAUCAUCAAUCUUUAACCUAAUCUCAGGAAAUAUCUUCAUUGAGGCAAUGAAAUCUGAAUUGUUCGUGACCAACAUCUUCAGCGCACCUGUGAUCGUCCAGCAGACCAUCGUCAGCCAGAUCAUCACGGUCAACAGCUCGUCUGAUGCCGUCAUCACAAACGUUCCUGACCUCCUGGCCACAGAAAUCCCACGUGUUUUCCUGCAGGAUGUGUCACAGUCCUCCGCGGCAGCACAGACGGUCAACCAGAAGAAAUGGAAACAGGAGCAGGCCAUUUUGAUCUUUGAAAACGUCGCUGCGCAGUUCAGCAACCCAGAUGACGUGUCUUUCCAGGUGCUGCAGGGCUUCACCUGUUCACGAAUCCAGAGCUUCAGCUCUAGUAAAGUCAUGAAUCUGAUCCGCGGCUGCAGACGGCGAGUCAAUCAGACGCUCGUCCUGCAGGAGUCACAGCUGACCUGCAUGUAUCACUACAUUAAGAGCGCUGAUCUCACUGCUUUCUCCCAGUAUCCCACUGAAGUGCUCAUCUAUUACAACUACUCGAUGGUCGACAGAUCUCUUUGCCGCUCGUAUUUCUCAUCUCUGGGCACGGCCAACUUCUCUGUUCUGUCCAGCACACUGUCCUCAAAGAAGCAGACACUGUUCAACAAUGCCAGGGACUGUCUGGGGAUCUCAGGUUUCAGGAUCAGCCGGGAUCAGCUGGAUGUUUUGGGGAACAUGUGCUGUUUUCUGAGCAGCGAGUACAUCCAGAGCUCAGACCCGUAUGUGCUGGAGAAACUCAAGCAGUGUGUGGAUCUAUCAGCUGAGCAGAUCUCAGCGCUGGAGAGCGUCCUGCUGGGAGGAAACACCAGCUACGGACCCUCAAACAGCUGGAACAGAACCACGCUGGAGAAUCUGGACCUCCUGCCUCUGUACCUCACCACCAACAUCUGGAGCAAAUUCACACCGGUGAUCAAGCAGAGGUUUCUGAAGACCUUCAUUCGUGACCUGAGGAAGAAUGAUAAAGCUUCAGAGAUGAAGAUCCUCAACAUGAUGAAUGAGGUCAACAAAAUCUCACGAGUCAAAAUGAAGAGAUCUGCAGAGACAUCAUGCACUGCGGGACAGAUCCUGCAGGCUCAGGUGUACAGCGACAUGUUUCCGUUUGCAUACGACGUGACUCAGUUUAACGCCUGCUUGAGCGUCCAAACACUGAAGGACAACCUGGAGGCUGUGACCGACAGAGUUUACGACAGGAGCUACCAGAGGAUCAUCCUGGACAAACUCAACCAGGUGUAUCCGGGAGGACUGUCUGACGAGGUGCUGCAGGUUCUAGGCUCCGCCUCCCGCGCGGCCACACCUGAUGAUGUCAGAAAGUGGAACGUGACGAAGAUCGACACCCUCUCGUCUCUGAUGAACCAACGCAACGGAGACUGGGACACGGAGAUGGUCCAGCUGCUGGUCAGUAAGUAUCUGAGUGUGAAUGGAAACACACUCGGCAGUAACGAGCUGAACGCUCUGGGAGGAACAAACCUGUGUGCGCUGAACACCAGUGUGCUGAGCAACAUCACGGCCGCCAGCGUGGAGCGAGCGUCUGCUCUCUCUUUGACCAGCUGCAGCUCAGAGAAGUCAUCGAUUCUGUUCAGUAUCGCUCAGAACGCAUUCAUCGCAGCAAACACACGCAGUGCAAACCCCGUCAGCAUCACGACAUACCAGCUGCUGCAGAACUACCUCGGCGGUGCUGAUGCAGCGUUCAUCCGUACUCUUGUGAACUCCAGUGUGAAUAUGGACGUGCUCACAUUCAUGAGUCUGAAGCAGAGCGUCAUUAACGUGCUGCUCGUGCCUGAGGUCAAGGGUCUUCUGGGUGUGAAUGUGGCCGAUCUGAAGAGGUAUGAGAGCGCAGCACAGAUUCAGGAGUGGAUCAGGCUCCAGCUGCAGGUGGAUCUGGACUCGCUGCAGCUCGAUCUGACGGGGGGCAGGAACUCCAGCGUCACACAGACCACCGUCAGCGGCACCACUACAUCCAGCAGCAGCACUAAAGCUCCGUCAGCCCAGACCGGCACCACAGCUGCUGGAUCCAGAGUCUGGUCACAUGUCUGUCUGCAGCUGCUCCUAUUGGCUGUCACCACGACGACGCUGCAGCUGCUGCACUGGUGACAUCAUCAUCGCUGCACUUCCUGUCUCUCGCUCGUCUCGUGUUUAAAGAGUUUCUGCACUUUCACUUUUCAAGAGCUCUUUCUGUCUGAAUCACUCAGGAUGGCUGUGGUCACAUCUGACUCGUUCUUAUGACGAUAAAUAUUCAACAAUGAAAUGCUAAAUCUCACAAACAUCUCAAUAAUUAAUAGUAAUAAAUACAAGGGGUUCUGUUUGCACACGUGAGAGAGACUCCAAACUGUAACCAAUGUGAUAUAAAACUGUGUUGAUUUAAAGCGUAAGAUAAAUAAAGGCAUGCUUGUUAUCCUGGU